AUUACAGGGUUUUGACUUGAGGUACUGUUAGUCCUGACAUUUCAGACCCGGAAAGGACUUAGUGAGCCUGUCACCAGCCCUCUUCAUUUUGCUGAAAAACCUGGACCCUGGAGAAGAUAAAGAAUGUGCUCACUGUCUCUCAGUCCUUGACACCGCAGUAUCCUGAAUUCGGGUUCCCUUGACUUCUGUUCCUGCCAUUUCCUCUAUGAAACCCUGCCACUGAGCUCAUCCACCCACAUGACCCUAUUAGUUGUUCAUAAUGAUUCAAUUUGGAGAAAGGGCAUGGAAGGGAGAUGGAGAAAGGAAAUAUGGCUUGGAUUUGGACCAAAACCCUAGUCAGGAUUAAAAGAAACAAAUAGAACCAUGGCGACUCCCUCCGCUGCCUUUGAGGCCCUUAUGAAUGGAGUGACAAGCUGGGAUGUCCCUGAAGAUGCUGUCCCGUGUGAACUGCUGCUUAUUGGAGAGGCCUCAUUUCCAGUGAUGGUGAAUGACAUGGGCCAGGUGCUCAUUGCUGCCUCCUCCUACGGCCGAGGCCGCCUGGUGGUCGUGUCCCAUGAGGACUACUUGGUGGAGACCCAGCUCACUCCCUUUCUCCUCAAUGCAGUGGGGUGGCUUUGUUCUUCCCCUGGGGCUCCCAUUGGUGUACACCCAUCCUUGGCACCUUUGGCCAAAAUCCUUGAGGGCUCCGGAGUGGAGGCAAAGAUUGAGCCAGAAGUGAAAGACUCCCUGGGGGUUUACUGUAUUGAUGCCUAUAAUGAAAACAUGACCGAAAAGCUGGUCCAGUUUAUGAAACGCGGAGGGGGCUUGCUCAUAGGAGGCCAGGCCUGGGAUUGGGCCAACCAGGGCGAAGAUGAAAGGGUGCUGUUCACAUUCCCCGGGAACCUCGUGACCAGCGUGGCUGGUGUGUACUUCACUGACAACAAAGGGGACACAAGUUUCUUUAAAGUCUCCAAGAAGAUGCCCAAGAUCCCAGUCUUAGUUAGUUGUGAAGAUGACCUCUCCGAGGACAGAGAAGAGCUCCUGCAUGGGAUUUCAGAGCUGGACAUCAGCAACUCAGAUUGUUUCCCAUCUCAACUGCUAGUGCAUGGGGCUUUAGCCUUCCCCCUGGGGUUAGAUUCCUACCAUGGCUGUGUCAUAGCGGCUGCCCGCUAUGGCCGGGGCCGGGUGGUUGUCACUGGCCAUAAGGUAUUAUUCACUGUUGGUAAACUGGGCCCCUUUCUGCUCAAUGCUGUGCGCUGGCUGGAUGGGGGCCGUAGAGGCAAGAUCGUGGUGCAGACCGAGCUGAGAACACUGAGCGGCCUGCUUGCCGUGGGGGGCAUAGACACCAGCAUUGAGCCCAAUCUGACCAGUGAUGCAAGUGUCUAUUGCUUUGAACCCGUGAGUGAAGUGGGGGUCAAAGAGCUGCAGGAGUUUGUAGCAGAGGGUGGCGGACUAUUUGUGGGAGCCCAAGCCUGGUGGUGGGCCUUCAAGAACCCAGGAGUGUCCCCUUUGGCUCGAUUCCCAGGAAACCUCCUCCUCAACCCCUUUGGCAUCAGCAUCACAAGCCAAAGCCUCAACCCAGGGCCCUUUCGUACUCCUAAAGCAGGGAUAAGAACCUAUCACUUCCGCUCCACCCUGGCCGAGUUCCAGGUUAUAAUGGGCAGGAAGAGAGGAAAUGUGGAAAAGGGCUGGUUGGCAAAGCUGGGCCCUGACGGCGCAGCUUUCCUUCAGAUCCCCGCGGAAGAGAUCCCUGCCUACAUGUCUGUGCACCGGCUCCUGCGGAAGCUGCUAAGUCGGUAUCGGCUCCCAGUAGCCACCCGAGAGAACCCUGUUAUCAAUGACUGCUGCAGGGGUGCUAUGCUUUCCCUGGCCACGGGUCUGGCCCACUCUGGAAGUGACCUCUCUCUGCUAGUCCCAGAAAUUGAAGAUAUGUACAGCAGCCCCUAUCUGCGCCCCUCAGAAUCUCCUAUCACCGUUGAAGUCAACUGCACCAAUCCAGGCACCAGAUACUGCUGGAUGAGUACCGGGCUCUACAUACCUUCAAGGCAGAUCAUAGAAGUCUCGUUGCCUGAAGCUGCUGCCUCUGCCGACCUGAAGAUACAGAUUGGCUGCCACACGGACGACCUGACCAGGGCCAGCAAGCUGUUCCGAGGCCCCCUCGUGAUCAACCGCUGCUGCCUGGACAAACCCACAAAAUCCAUCACCUGCCUCUGGGGCGGCCUUCUGUACAUCAUCGUUCCUCAGAGCAGCAAACUGGGUUCUGUGCCCAUCACCGUGAAGGGAGCCGUUCAUGCUCCCUACUACAAGCUGGGAGAGACAUCCCAGGAGGAGUGGAAGAGGCGCAUACAGGAGAACCCAGGGCCCUGGGGAGAGCUGGCCACGGACAACAUCAUCCUGACGGUGCCGACCGCAAACCUCCGUACUCUGGAGAACCCGGAGCCACUGCUCCGCCUCUGGGAUGAGGUGAUGCAGGCUGUGGCCCGACUGGGAGCCGAGCCCUUCCCUUUGCGUCUGCCUCAGAGGAUUGUUGCCGACGUGCAGAUCUCAGUUGGCUGGAUGCAUGCAGGGUACCCCAUCAUGUGUCAUCUGGAGUCAGUGCAGGAGCUCAUCAAUGAGAAGCUCAUCAGAACCAAGGGGCUGUGGGGCCCUGUCCACGAGCUGGGCCGCAACCAGCAGCGGCAGGAGUGGGAGUUCCCCCCACACACCACAGAGGCCACCUGCAACCUGUGGUGUGUUUAUGUGCAUGAAACGGUCUUGGGCAUCCCUCGAGCCCGUGCCAAUAUUGCCCUUUGGCCCCCAGUUCGGGAAAAGAGAGUCAGAAUCUACCUGAGCAAGGGUCCCAAUGUGAAAAACUGGAAUGCGUGGACCGCACUGGAAACGUAUUUACAGCUACAGGAGGCCUUUGGGUGGGAGCCCUUCAUCCGUCUCUUCACUGAGUAUAGGAACCAAACCAACUUGCCCACAGACAAUGUCGACAAAAUGAAUCUGUGGGUCAAGAUGUUCUCCAACCAAGUGCAGAAGAACCUGGCUCCGUUCUUUGAGGCCUGGGCCUGGCCUAUCCAGAAGGAAGUGGCUACCAGCCUGGCCUAUCUGCCUGAAUGGAAGGAAAAUAUUAUGAAAUUAUACCUCCUCACACAGAUGCCCCACUGAAAUUGAAGUCAAGAAAUGCAAAAGGAAAUUGACACAUCUCAGCAAAGAAAAUUGAAGGUAUUUGGUUAUAAGUGGAGAAGAUCUCAACACAUUUCUGGAAGAGAGAAAGUGGAUGAAGCAUAAUAAUGAGUGAACGAGUGAAGGUACCUUUCAGACAGAAUAUAAGCUGAUCUGAACAACAUAACCCCAAAGAGACUUGAGACCUAAAAACUUUAUCUACUAAAGAAUUGCAGCAGUUGUAAAAUUAAACCCCAUCCUACUCUACCCCCACCCUUGUGCACAGAACACAGGCAGCCUACUAUAGGUAUCAGUUAAAAAUUUGUUGUUGUUGUUGUUGUUGUCGUUUGUAUGAAGGAAUUGAAUAAACUGCCUGAAGAGAGGUAAGAGUUGGUGUUCCAGAAUAAAAUUCCUCCUUUUGUGGAAAUUAGCCCCCAACCUAUCAGCUAAUUCUCUCCUGACAGUUUAGACCCCUGCUCAAGUGCCCAGUGCCUCCAGGCAUGAAGAAGCUUACUGGAGUAACAGACCUGUCCAUACAACAGCAAAGGAAAUCCACACCAACGCCUAUAAAAGUUAACAGUUACAUGGAUCUUAAAUGAUCAGCUAGGAAUUUCCAUAGGUGGUAGGGAAGGAAGAGCAGGGAAGAAGCACUAAAAAAAGAAAAUCACCAGAUGGUAUUAUGGGGUUUCAAAAUAUGACAAACUGUGAGGGGAACAAAGUUAAUGUGGAAAAAAUAACCUAAAAUUCUAACUAUAUCUUCAGAGAGAUUUGAGGUAUAUUUGUAAGGUGAGAACAGGAUACCACAAAGAAAGAUAAAACUCUGAGAAGAAGAGCCCUUUGAAAGUGAAAUAAGACUGCCAAAAGUAUUCAGUAGACAGGCUAGAAAACAAAGUUGAAGGAAUAUCCCCAGAUGUAGAGCAAAAAGAAAUAAACAAAAUAUGGAGAAAGGAAAGAGACACAGGAAAUCAGUAUCUAAUUGUUAGGAAUUCCUGGAGGAGAGAACAUAGAAAAUAUAGAUGAAGAAAUAAAAAGAAAAGAAUUGAAGAACAAAACAAAGUCUCCAGAUUGGAGGGGGCCAAAUACAUCCUAUAUCUAGACACAAUCUUGUGAAAUUUUGGAAUAUUAAGCAUAGAAGGAAGAUAUUAAAAGUGCCCAAAAGGAAAAAAAAAUUAGGUUAUCCUGAUUAGCUCAACAAAAAAGGGAUGAGAAAUAGACUGGCAGCAGAUUUUUUAUCAGCAACACCGAAUGCUACAAGUCAAUGGAGCAAUGUCUUCACACAGAUAAUGGGAAAUUUUUGUACCCAGAAUUCCAUAGCAAGGGAAAGCAUGAAGAGUAACAUCUAAAUGAAGACAUUUCUGACAUGCAAGUUUUCAGAAAGUCCCUGUUUUGCACCCUUACUGAGGAAGUUCUCCAGUAAAAUGAGAAUGAAAACCAGGAAGGCAGAAGAAAUGGGAUCCAGAGAACAAUGGACCUUCCUCAGGAUGUCUCAGUCUAGAAUGACAGUUACCCAGCAGAACCAUUUCAGAUGAAAGCACACGGUCUUGGACUUUCUGGGAAGAAUAUGCACUCUGUGCCAUAGAUAGUGUCAUUGAGAAGCUGGAAUGUUUGAGAACAUUCUUUAGUCAAGAGAAAACAAAGAUAAAUCAAAAAUAUCUCAAGAAAUUCAGCCCAACUAUGAAGCAAAAUAAAAUGGGGCAUGAUUUUGAGUUACUCGUGGAGCAUAAGAAGAGACUCAAUUUGACAUUGGCGGUAGGUACAUUUCCUUUCCCGUGGCACAGGCAUCGUGACAUUGAGUACAUAGGGAAGAAAAUAUCCUAGCUUCUACUUGUCUCUCAGUGAGAAGUAUUUACAUAGCCAAAAUAAUGUAGAUGUCGUUUCUUCCUGUUCAGUGUUCUGAUCAGCAUAUUGACAAAACAUGAAAGGCUUAAUUUUUUAUUCAGAACUGAAGUUGAAAGUAAUUACUGCUGACAGGAAAAAAGAAUGCAGAAAGAGACUGAGAAUUAGUUGGGGGAAAAAAGGUGGAAGGAAGAAUAGGGCUACUUAUAUAUUCAAAGUUGGGAUAAAAAGAGAAGAUCUUCAGUUAACGAAACAAGAGCUAGAGAAUUAGUGUAUUGUUCAAAGCUAUAAAUUAAGCCAAUAGAAGUAUUAAAAAGUGAUAUAUCUAUCAAACAUUUGGAGAAAGAUGGGCAAAGGAAAGGGACGAUCGAGUAAGUUAAAUCCUUAUCUUUUGUAAUGGGGAAUUAUUAAAGAUUGCCUGAAGUUAAUAAGUCAGGAAAUUAUUGUUCAAACAUAUUAUUUAAAGUUAGGGAGUUAGUUACCAGAUGAUCUAAAAUUAGAUAUUGUUAAAAGCAUUUCCUCUAGGGAAUUGGACUAGGAUUAAAAGGGUGGGGUGGGAAACUGUGUUUUUCAUUUUAAGUCCUUCUGUACUAUUUAAUUUUUUACCUUGUGCAUGUAUUGCUUUGAAAAAAUUUCUAAUAAACUCAAAUAAAAAUCCUUCAGUGGCUUUA